AUGGGCCGUUACGCUGAGGCAGAAGGCUUCUAUCAGCAGCAGCUUACCUUGGCUCGACAACUUCGAGAGGUUGUUCCGAUCAAGAGAGGCUUCACGAAACUAUCGAUCUUGGCAUUCGAAACAACCCAGUGGGCGAGAUGCUUGGAGAUGACGAAAAACGCAUUAACUCUGGCUCGACUUUGUCGCGAUUACCCUUCAAAAGCUCAUAUGCUGCUGCUUACCGCCAGAGCAGAAUCUCAACGAGGCAACAACGAUGUUUCUCUGAAUAUUUUUGAAAAAACCGUGUUGGAAUGCGAACGCCAUGAACUGAACGCAACACUGGCGAUCGCAACGCGAUAUAUGGUCCUGAAGCAUCUACGUCACCAUAUUUCUCUCUUCGAAUGGGAAACAGACCAAAAAGAGAAACUUCGAAGUCUCGUUCGCCUAACGAGGUUCGACCCAGAUCUCGACCAUCUCACCAGCUUAAGCAUUAUUGCUGCAGCAAAAAAGGCCACAUCCAGCAUGUCAGGCCAAGAUCGGGUGGGUUGUAAGUGA